UCUGUGAUUUUGAGUUAGUCUAAUUUCUAUCGUUUCUUCACAUUUUAAAUGUUUUAGUGCAUUAAAUAUUCACUAUAAGAUAUAAAAGUAAUGAUGUGAAUUCGAUAAAGUAAAGAAAAAAUAUGGAGACAAACGCUAAUCAAAUGGUGUCAUGUGUUGUCAAUUAUGCCUAUGAUGCCUCUGAACCAGAUGAAUUGACUAUAAGGCCAGGAGAAAUUAUAAAGAAUGUAGAGAGGCUAUUAGAAGGCUGGUGGCGUGGUGAGCUACGUGGGCGGCGAGGAAUGUUCCCGGAUAACUUUGUAUCUGUGUUGACUGAGCCCAACUCUAGUACAAGGUCUGGUGGAGUACAAGGGCGUUGUCGAGCCGUGUUCAGCUAUCAACCAACAAACCCGGAUGAAUUGCCACUCUUUGUGGGCGAUGUACUUGAGGUUAUAGAAGAGGUAGAGGAGGGUUGGUGGCGCGGGCGGCGCGCGGGUCGGGUGGGCGUGUUCCCCUCCAACUUCGUGGUGAUGCUGGAGCCGCAGCCGCAGCCGCCUCCCGCGGAUCCCGCGCCGGCGCUCCCGCCUAAACCCGUGAAGGAGCAGUGCCGCGUGCUGUUCCCGUACACGGCGGUGAACGAGGACGAGUUGACGCUGGCGGAGGGCGACGUGGUCACCAUAGUGAGCAAGGACGCGCCCGACCGCGGCUGGUGGCGCGGCGAGCUGCGCGGCCGCGUCGGCCUCUUCCCCGACAACUUCGUGCAGCUGCUGCCACCGGUCGCUCAAGAAGUUGAAGAGAAAAAACCAGAGAAAGCUCCUGCGGCAGGCAAAACGAUGACAUCCGUGUACCCCCCGCUUAACGACUACGUCAAACACUACGAGAAAACCGCCUCGGUUAAGGAACUGACUACAUCUAAAAUUAGUAUGCACAAGGAAAACACGGUGAGCAAAGAGAGUAGCACACAGAGUACAGUCACGCACACAAACAAGAGCGAGUCGGAAAAGGUAGCGCACACAGAAACGGCUGUUGACAGUACUCCAGAUCAACUAAAGAAACCACCGGUGCCGCAAAAGAAGAGUCCUACCCCAGUAUCUACAGUUGGCGGUCUAUUUAGUGGACUGAAAAACAAAAUGCUCUCCUCAUCUGACAAAACAGAAAAGACAACAGUAGUGGUGACUAGCAGUAGCACCACGUUGGCGGAAGACCGGCCGGACGGUAGCGCCGCCAGCCGCGCCAGCGCCUUCGACCACGUCGAACGUAACACCAUACUGAGCGACCCGCGAGCCGGCAGAGUGAAGGCGCCCCGGCGACGACCACCGAGUCAGGUGCUAAGGGACGACACGCCGCAACAAAUCGGACUCAGCAAUGGCCACGAAGUCCCGACCGAAAAGCCGCCAGAAAGCGAGGAGAUUAAGCCGCGAGCGCGAGAAUGGGAGAAGCACCGCGCACCGUGGAUGGAAGAGCUCAAACUCAACCAGGCCAAGAAGACCUCCGACCCGCGGCCAAGACCACCCUCGCAUUCCGGCAGCACUGACAGAUUAUUGGAGUGUGGUUUAGACGAGAAGAAAUCAAGUCACUCAAUGGAAAUGUCAAAAAGCACAUCAUCUAUCAGCAACAGGAUAUCUGUCAUAGAGAACUUGGAGUUGAAUUUAGACUCUAAAUCGCGACAUUCGAGUGAGUCGAAGAAAGACUCGUUGCCGCCUGAACUGCCGGCGACGAAACCACCUACUGUACAAUCUCCCACCGCAGCAGGUCGUACAAUAAUGACGAUCUUAGACGACGUGAAGAAGCCGCCCGCGCCGGCGCCGCCCGUGUCCAAGGAGCCGACACCGGAAAAAUCGCCCAACGCGAAAGUCGAGAGAGUUGUAGCCACAUCCGAGAAACUGUCCGAAGUCAACGCGAUCAGCAAGUUCUCGUCUAGCGUGGUAGAGAAAACGAGCACUUUAGAGAGACUAGACAAAGACAAGUCGACGGAGAAAGCGACCAGCUCGGAGAAAAUGAGUACGCUCGAGAGGCGGGCGCUCAACAAAGUCGACAAAUCUGACUCCGCCGAGGCGAUGAUUGCUCAACUCAAUACGAGGAUAUUAAAUUUAGAGAAGCUAAUAGAAGUACAAAAUGCAAAGUUCGCUGUUGCCAUUGAAGAACUGAACAUACGGCUUAAAUUAGAGACUUCAAAACGGAUGGAGUUGCAGUUUGAAAUAGAAAAAUUGGCCCACUGUGUCACUCAGGUUUGAAUCAAGUGCAUUUAAAUUAAAAUAGGAAUUUGAGAAUGAGUGAACCCGUAAAUUAUGAAUUAAUUUAGGUACAGAAAAAUAAGAUGUGAUUAAUUUUAAAAAUAUUGUUUUUUAAAGCAUAUUUUUAUUGUGAUAAGAUUAGACGAUGAAACUUUUAAGGUAACUCGAUAAAAGGAUGAAUCGCAAAUACCUGUUUGUGGUUACAUACAAAAACAUUUUUAUCAUUGAAUAAUUGCAUUUCAUUAGAAUCAUUCAGUAAACAUUGACUAUAUUGAUAUUAGAUUGUAUGUCAAAUUCGUUUUUUACAAUAUUGUAUUGUAUGUAAAUGUUAAGUAAAAAUGAAGUGAAUUCAUACGAUUUUUAUUUUUACUACUUUUGAAUGAGCUAAGAGGAGGCAUUAUUAGAACUAACUCACUCGAAAUUAGUAAGACAUAGUUUAAAGUUUUCUAUUUACUAGCAUUUUAUUUAACAAUAUCUAUUGUGUAGUCAAUUUAUAAGACACUGUAGUGUACUUAAUGAAGGCUUUAAUUUGUACAAAUGGCCUUUUCACAACAAAUUCGAGACCUAAUGUUAUGAUAAUCAUAGUAUUAAAGUCUCGUCGAAUUGCUAUUAUGAUGGCGGGAUGUGCUAUCACUCACAGAUAAGCAGCUUUGAUAUAACGAAAACGAAUACAUCGCUUUGAUUAGGCCGCCGCGCUGUCACAACUGCAACAUUAGAAUAUUUUUACGCAUCUAAGUACAGGCACAGUCCGAAGCGGUCCGAAGCGAACGGCUAGCGGUUCUUAUAUUGUAUAGAAUAUACGACACGUACUUAGAACAGUAAAGAAAUUGUUCAAGAGAGAGAAGUCAAUUGUACAUAAGCUUCAGAUGUUACAAAAUUUGUGCCAUUUUAUACUGCCCAUAACUUGUAUGCAUGAUACAAUGAUUUAGCGGUGAUCGUUUAGUGAUUGUCACAUUCCAUGUAAACUAUUAUGUACAGCCUGUGUAUAUAAUAUGUCCUAUGUAUCCGAUUAUGUUUACCAAAGCUUUCUUCAACGAACGUGAAAAGUAUAAUGUAAUCCAGAGCCAUAUUUAAUUCUUAGUUAAUAUAUUUUUGUAAAUGUACAGAUAUAUUGUAGCUAUUAAUUAACCCUUGAAUUGUACCUUUGCAACUAACAUAUCUUUUUGUUAUAAAAAUAUACACCGGUAUUGAAACAGAAAUAAAAUGACAUGCAUUAUAGUGGUUGUGUUUUACCAUCCAAUGUGAAAGCACUUACGAGACAAGAUAAUUGUAAUAUUUAAGAUGACAUUAUGACCAUAGAAUAUUAGCAGUAGAUAGAGGAUCUUAAGAUUUUGUAUUAUCAGUGCAUCAUUGUAUAAUGUAUAGUGUUAACUUAAACUUUGUAAAAGCUAACCAAGCUAGCAUAUUUUUAGGUAGCCUUAAAUGAGCUUGACUUGUAAACGGUACUCAUAAUUUAAUUUCUUGCUGCUUAUUAUUUUUAGUACAAAUUCGACUUGCUUUCUAAUAUCUUUCAGCACAUUAUUAAAAUUGGCAUUAUUGUCAUAAUGGUUGGGUCAUAAGAAACUCAUUUGAAAGACCAUGCUCGAUAAGAUGUAAAAUAAAUAUCGGUACAGAAUUUAAAAAAUGUAUCUAUCGCAGACAUCUGAUUUAAUCUGCGAUUUGAUUGAAUGACUAGCGCAUUCAUUGAAUGACACUAUUCAAUUGAGUGACUAAAGGACAACUCGUCAAGACGUUGACUAUGACGUUUAACGUCUUGACUAAAAGUCAUAAUAUACUGAAGUUAAAUGGCAUGAUAAUAUAAUUUGUUUAAGUAGCCGUUGACGGGAUAGUAAUAGGUAAAUCCACGAUGUCAUAAUAAUUAUAAUUUAUUAAUAUUACUAAAUUAUAGAACUUUAAA